CUACACGCUGCCGUUGUUACGUGAUCAAAAGGUUAAACGAGACUAGCUGAUAGCAAGCUAACUUAAAAAAAAUUCAGGUGGACUGUCAACAAGAGAAGCCCAACAGGAUGACCAGUGUGCUCUGUAGCAGAGCUCGGCUGGUGAUGUACCUGCCAGGUCUUCGCGUUCUAGUUCAUCGCGUUGCAGGGGCCAGAAAUUUCUCUGGGGCGUCUGGUUCAGAUGAGCCACAUCUGAACAGCGCAGCCCCUGACAUUGCAUCAAGGACGGUAUGGCCAGAUGAGACCAUGGGACCAUUUGGACCUCAGGACAAGCGUUUCCAGUUGCCGGGCAAUGUGGGUUUUGACUGUCACUUAGAAGGCACUGUGGAGCAGAGGACUGCACCAAUCUAUAACAUAAUGCAAGAUGUGUUCACUGCUCAGUCCAGCAGCGAGAGGCACAACUUUGUCCUGGCCCAGUUCAUCAACAGACUGCAUGAAAAUGAUAAAACAGCUGCAGCACAGAACAUCAAUAAAGCAGAACACUAUUUCGAUCAUGCGAUUGUAGAGUGCGCUGUACAGUCUUGCCCUGAACUGUUAAAGAAAGAUUUUGAGUUAAUGUUCCCUGAAGCCCCAUCGACUGGCAUGAUGGUGGUCACUGUUACUCAGAGGACCCAAAAUGACAUGACAGCCUGGACUGAAAAGGUGGAUCAGGAGAGAGAACAGCUGCUGGCUCAAUUUAUUGCAGGUGCAAAGGAGAUAUGUUAUGCUCUCAGAACAGAAGGAUUUUGGGCAGAUUUCAUAGACCCUUCGUCUGGCCUUGCAUUUUUUGGAUCAUACACAAACAACACACUCUUUGAAACAGAUGAAAGGUAUCGUCAUUUAGGUUUUCAGAUUGAAGACCUGGGCUGCUGUAAAGUCAUCCGGCACACGGUGUGGGGGAUGCACGCUUUUGUGGGCACAAUUUUCACUACAGCGCCACCCAACAGCCAGAUCAUGAAGAAGCUACAGGGGAACUAAAGUUAAUUAAUUAAAGGUCUCACUGUCUCAAAACACUGUCAGUCUCAAAACCAGAAUGCUGACUGAUACAAACUUCAGAUGGUAUUUCAAAUCAAAAUCAAAAUCAAAAACACACUUACUGUAUAUCCGAUAGUGCACUAGAAGAAGUUGCUAAAUGGUGAAGGAAAUGUGUAUUUAUUUUUGUAGAAAAAAAGGCACUUGAUGUAACUUUGAUUUUGGUUGCUUGUGCUACACAGCAAUGUUACUUGUCAGUAAAAUGUAUGUAAGAUGUCACAUGUCUUUAGCAGCUUCCUCUCAGUGUUGCCUUUCAUUUAAUGCAGAUCUCAAAGAAACUCAUACAACUGAAAGGAACUGUAAAGCUCAGUUUUUCAGAAUUGUGAAAUAGCUGUCAAUGGAGGUUAAUUUCUUAAAAAACAAUGUUGAUAAGAUUAAUCAAAGACUAGGAGUGAUCUAGGGCCUUUCAACUUAAUUCAGUUAUUUAAGCUUUCUCUAUGUGUCCAUGAUACAUAUAUACACAAUAAAUAAAUAAAGGAGGAUUAUUGGCUGUAAAGUUGAAUUGUUUAUAUUUUAGAUAUGAGAUCUCUUGGCUUGUCUCUAACCUAAAUGGUGAAGGUUUUGGCCUGAUUAGCUUCAGGCGAUUAAAGGUAGCAGCUGCUGGGGUCAAUGUCUCAUGGGGGUCAUUAGAAUUCAUUCAGAAUCACAACAGAUGGACAAUAAUCAGUCUUCUUUAAACUCUGACACAACAUUUAAUUAGCCAGUUCUUCACUCUACUACAGUAUGUGUGUGUCAGUAAAUUUUUGAACUAUAAGAAAGGUCCCUGCAGCUGCUCUAUCCUUAGAAUGAAAUGGGAGCAUUAAAGUAAAGCUCUGUCUAUAAUGCCUCUAAAUUUUUCUUUAGAAAUACAUCUAUAGAAGUAAGAUGCAAGCAGAGAUAAUGGCAAGUUAAAAAAAAAAAAACAUUUUUUAAUUAUUAUUACAUAUACAUUCUUAGGCAAUCUUUGAUCAGAUAUGCCCUAUUGCUUACAGCUUUUCUGUCCUUCAGUCCAUGAAAUAUGUGCAUUGAAUUAACACAAGCUACCAUUUGCUAAUUCUGAUAACCACCAUCUGGAGCUCUCAUUGGAGGUAUUUACCAAAGAAGCAUGUACAGCUGUCUGUGUGGUCUAGUCAAAGUGUAUGUUGUUGUUAAAAGACAGGCUGUGUUUGGACAGUGAAUCAUGUUUUAGGGACAGCAGACAUCACCUCAUUCAUGUUUGACAGCCAAGCUUGAUUGACAUGGCUAUCAAUUAGAUGUAACUGUCCUGUUAAAAGGAAGUCCCUCUCCUUUGUUAAUCUGAAAGUUUGCUGUUUCACUGAGGUCGGGGGAAUGUUCUCCUGUGGUAAUACGAUAACUCAUUAUUAAUAGUUAUUUUGACUAUAAUGUGAAUUGUUCCUUUUAUCACUCCAGAGGAACUUUAUAUGUUUGAAUUCAUAAAUGAACUUCCUUUUUGUUGAUUUGCAGAUGUGAGGAGGCAUCUGGUUUUUAUGUCUCACAUUUGCACAUUGCUUUAAAAGCUGUAUUAAAGACUUUAUUGAGUAUUGUGUUCUGGAUAUAUAUAUAUAAUGGAAAAAAAAAAGAGAUUCACUCUUAUCUGUUAAAAGAUAUGUAUUGAGCAGUUGUCCAAAAAAAAAAAAAAAAAAAAAAAUUAGGAAUCCGCACACCUCAAUUUGCAAACUCAAAGAA